ACGUAUGCUUGUUUACUAAAUUGGCUCGCUAGACGAUCCAUCAUAGGAUCAGCUUCCAUUUAUCAACAAAGUGAAAAGCUUCAGAAAAACGACUUAAAUGGCCUCCAAACUAAAAGAUGUUUCCAAACUAAGGCUGGUUCUGGUGGAGGGUGAUGAUUACGCUAAAAGUGCAGGGGAAUACUCUCUCACAGACGACAAAGUUCGAAAUAAAAACAUUUGGGUUUGUCAAAGUAACAGCCGAAUGAUGUUCUACACAGGCAGUUCGUGGGUAAUUACUGCAAUCCAGUACAUGCAGGAUGUCCUUGAUGGUAGCACAGGGGGGUUUGAAUCAUCAAAGCCCGCUGAAGAACCAUAUGAAGCAAAUUGGAGCCCCAAAUUCAAGGUCAGUGAAGUCUACCUCUCAAAUAAAUGGGUCAUAGCUGAACAGCUAUACCGUUCACCUUCGGUUCAUAUUUGGUGGUCAGCGGCUGCCAAUCCAGAAGUACAACGGGAAGGGGUUACCUGGUUCUACAACGAAGUGAUCGUUAAAGAGACAGCGGGUAGCAGUUACUUCAUGACUAAUGGUUUCACUGGAGGUUACAUGGGCAUUCAAGAUCGUUCUCCUAAGUGGGUCCUCUUCUCCAUUUGGGACAAGACCUCGACAGAAGACGAUCCAAAUGCAUCGCCGGACGACUUGGUCAAAGUGCUUGCCCAUGGUGAAGGCGUCACAGUUAAACGUUUUGGAGGCGAAGGAACGGGUGGCCAGAGUUAUCUUACCUAUGACUGGAAGGUAGGCCACACAUAUCAGCUCAUGGUGAACGUGAGACCAGAUGCAAAAGAAAGCGACAAGGCCGUCUUCACGGGUUGGUUCCGCAUCCCAGAGCUGAAUAUUUGGCGACUGUUAGCAUCAUUCCAGGUUCGUCCUACGGCAACAAGCAAGAAACUGGAGGAUCCCUACUCGUUUCUUGAAGAUUGGAUUGGAAAUGGCUACCGCCGUAAGGGCUUGUGGGGUCCAGCAUGGAUCAGAACAGACCGUGGUCCUUGGGUGCAAGCUACACAUGGAAGAGGUACAACCACUGAGUACGAUGCCAACAACAGAAACGUCUUCCUGUCUGAUGAUCGUAAGCAUUUGGGGAUGACUACUGGUGGACCAACACUGACAGAUACAUCCUUGGGCCCUUAUACAUGUGAUUCCUCCAGUAUUCCAUCUGUUCUACGCUUAAAUCCUCUCCCAGACCGCGAUGGAGCUCCUGCCCGCGAGUCCUAGACUCCCACCGUCAGUAUCUGAGAGCUCAUUUACAAAGCAACUAAAAUACCUUUUUAAUUUAUGCAUACACUUUCAGUUUAAACAUUUUUUGUGUAUGCAUACAGAAAGUUGCAUUUUCUGCAUCGGUGGUCUGUCCAAUUAAAAGAAUGAAAAAAUAAUUGA